AUGGCAUCUGAAAAGUCCAAGGAAAGAUUGAACGAGGAAUUGAACAAAGAAGUCACCACUAUACCAAAUGCGGCCACCGUCUCUCCGAUGUCGACUGCAGCCCGGAUUGGCCAAAUAAACAAUCAACUGCCACCCAAGCAGCCCCGAAUGGUGAAGCUUCAAGGCCGUGAGAAUAGGAAAGCUUGGCUUGACGCCUUGACCGUGAGGGCAACUGAUCUCAGAUUUUGGAACGUUAUUACUGGCAAAGAGGUGAAACCGAAGGACGCAACUAAGCUUCCAAAUUGGAAGCAGAAGAACUUAGGUGCGAUGGAGCUCCUUUUGAACUCCCUCUCGCAGGAGAUGCAUGUCAAGCUCAAACAGUUGAAUCUAAGUACUACGACUUCAGAGGACCUCAUGGAACAGAUACUUGGCAUUACAUUCAAUGAAACCGAAAUAGAACGCUUCAAGCUAGUAGAAGACUUUAUUUGGCGGUUCAAUCCGACUGACAGAGACUCGUUUCCUUCCACUGAGGCCUUUCUUACCCAAUUAGUGGAAGAAUGGACCAAGAUAAAGGCAAAGUGCCCGGAUGCCCCUGACGAGUGGCUGAACAUGGUGGCAAGCACUGGUAUUGAGUCAUUGCACAAACCAGUCGAUGAGCUUCUAGUGUUUUGGGUAAUGUCUGACUAG